AGAGUGUUAGUGAAAAUGGAGAGAGAGGGAGAAUUAGUUGAUGAGAAGCCAAGAAAGGGUGGUCUUAGAACCAUGCCUUUCAUAAUUGUGAAUGAAUCAUUUGAGAUGAUAGCAAGUUAUGGUCUACAACCUAACAUGCUAAUCUAUUUGAUGACAUUUUAUCACAUGAGUGCUGCCACUGGAAGUAUCAUUAUUGGAAUAUGGAAUGCACUUUCAAAUGGAUUGGCAAUUUUAGGGGCCAUUACUGCUGAUUCUUACUGUGGUCGAUUUAGAGCUGUUGCCUUUGGAUCGAUCUCCACUCUUAUUGGCAUGAUUAUUCUAUGGCUCACAGCCAUAAUUCCACAACUCAAGCCUUUACCCUGCUCUCAAUUCCAACAUGUUUGUAAUGGAGCAACACUAGUCCAACUUGUUCUUCUAUUUUCAUCUAUUGGGUUUAUGUCCAUUGGACCUGGUUUUGUUAGACCUUGUUCUAUAAUAUUUGGUACCGAUCAACUGGAAAAUAAAGAGAACCAAAGGCUUCUUGAUAGCUAUUUCAAUUGGUAUUAUGUUAGCACAGGGAUUUCAAAUAUUCUUGCAGUUACCAUUAUCGUUUAUAUUCAAGAUCGUUAUGGUUGGAAAGUUGGCUUUGGAAUCCCUGUUAUCCUCAUGUUUUUGUCUGUCUCAAUGUUUCUAAUCGGUUCUCCUCUUUAUAUCAAAGUGAAAGCUAAAGAAAACUUGUUCUUAGGAUUGCUUCAAGCAGUUGUAGCAAAUUUUAGGAAAAGAAAUACCCGUCUUCCAUUGAAUGAUUGUGAUGACUACUAUCGUUGGCCACUUGAAUCAGGGGUCUUCACACCAUCAAAGGACUUCAGGUGCUUAAAUAGAGGUUGUAUGAUUGAAGAUCCUCAAAGAGAUUUGAAUCCUGAUGGAUCAGAUUCAAAUCCGUGGAAUACCUCUAGUUUGGAACAAGUUGAAUCAUUAAAGGCUCUUAUUAGAAUACUUCCUAUGUGGUCCACCUGUUUCAUGAUCUGUGUGGACAUGAAUGUAUUCUCAUUUUCCCUACUUCAAGCAAAGACCAUGGAUAGGCAUAUCUUCCCUCACUUCGAAAUACCAGCAGCAUCAUUCAGUGUGUUUAUGAUUAUUCCUUUAACAAUGUGGAUUGCUUUCUACGACCGUGUUUUUGUCCCUUUGCUAUCAAAAUAUACUGGACGGCCAAGAGGGCUAAGUCCUGUCACUCGAAUGGGAAUUGGCUUAGUAAUCUCCGGUAUGUCUAUGGCAUUGUCAGCAAUAACAGAAAGCAUAAGACGACAAAGGGCAAUAGAGGAAGGGCAUGAGGAAGACCCAAGUGCUUUAGUGAACAUGUCUGCUAUGUGGUUUAUGCCACAAUAUGCACUAUUGGGAGUGGCUGAGGCUGCCCAUGUAGUUGGACAGGUUGAGUUCUUCUACGCUCUAUUACCCAAAAGCAUGUGCAGCCUCGCAUCAGCUAUGUACACUGUUGGGGUUGCUGUGUCGAGUUUAAUUGGAAGUCUUCUGGUGUGUGGGAUGAACUGGCUUUCAUCAAUCGGAGGUAAAACGAGCUGGCUUUCGAGCAACAUUAAUCAGGGUCACCUGGAUUACUAUUUCUGGUUGCUUGCUUUCUUGAGCUUGGUCAACUUCGUAUAUUUUCUGGUCGUCUGCCGGUUAUAUGAACCUGCCAAUGAUGGGAGCAGUAGCUUAUCUCAAUGGGCAGAAGAGAAAGAAUGUGAUCACAGGCUUUUACCUGAAUCUUGAUAA